CGCAUUAUUUACUACUGACAAGUAUCUUCAUAUAUACUGACACACUCCAGUAGAGACCUGACAGAGGGAUCCAGCCUGUGGAUUAAAUACUGUUGGCUGUCUUUAAUUCUGCAACACACAUGCUCAUGUAACUGCACAAUGAACACAUGCACAAAUCCAGCAGCACACAAGAUUACACUUGUGUACUGUGGGUAGACUUUUGUGUGUAUCACAACAAAAGCUGACAGUCUUUUUGAAGCACCACAUCUGUUCUGGAUAUUACUUCAGUUGAGUUUAAUAUUUUAUUUUUGGUACAACAGAAAGUGCAAGAUCCAUCAUGCCCGAGCAUUGUGGGAUUGAAGUCAUUCCACUGAAGUCGUGUUUAUGUACAUGCAUGAACAUGUACAGGUACACAGGCCUGCAUGCAUGAAUGUGCGUGUGUCAGUAGUGAAUGCGUGUGUGUCAGCAGUGAAUGUGUGUGUGUCAGCAGUGAUGAGUGAACAGGCACUGGUUCUCGUCCCUCCAUCAUCCUGCUUGGGCUCAGGCCACCGCACGGCUCUGCACCGAGCUGCCAUGGUGGGAAACAGUGAUGCCAUAGCUGCUCUCAUCCAAGGAGGCUGUGCUGUGGACCUGCAGGACAGAGAUGGCAAUACUGCGCUGCAUGAGGUGUCCUGGCACGGUUUCUCUCAGUGUGUCAAACUGCUGGUCAAGGCUGGAGCUGAUGUACACAUCAGGAACAAGACGGGGAACACAGCACUUCACCUGGCCUGUCAGAAUGCACACGCUCAGACUGCUCGACUUCUGCUACUGGGAGGAUCCACACCAGACACCAAGAACAACGUGGGUGACACCUGUUUGCACGUGGCUGCUCGCUACAACAACCUGACCCUGGUGAAAAUCCUGCUGAGUUCACUGUCUUCUGUGACAGAGAGAAACCAGGGAGGCGACACAGCUCUGCAUGUGGCUGCUACUCUGAACCAUAAGAAGACAGUUCAGCUCUUACUGGAGGCUGGGACUGAUGGAAAAAUCAGAAACAAUGCAGGUAAAACAGCGCUUGACAAGGCCAGAGACAACAACCAUAAAGAUGUGGCACUUCUCCUGGCCAGAGCUCCUCAGGUGCAUCGCUUCAUGCGCGGAAGAACAAUAAGGAAACGAAGAGAAAGACUGACAGCUGAGCGCAGGACCCAGUCUGUCACCAGAGUAGAAAUACUACAAAACAGAGACAGCAGUUCUGUGGUGGAGGAAACACCCAGCAGUGAACAAAUGGAAAGCAGAACAGCCAUCCAGGUGGGUCCCGCCAACCAGCAGCAGCAGCAGCAGCAUUACCACAAGACCCCAGCUGCCAUCAGCAGCCCCCACAGCCACCGUAGGAGGAGGAGAGUCAAAGAGCAGCCUUUAAAUCAAGAGGAUCUGAGAAAAGGCAAAAAUGACUUCCACAUUAAGAAGAAUCUGCAUUGCCAUGAUGAUGAUGAUGAAGAUUAUACUCCCCAGAAUGGGCAUGCCUAUCAGCUUUACACACUGUACCGUGACAAGGAUGGCAACAUUAGACAGGCACCGGCCAAUGGGUGCCACUGUAAACCUCUGCUCAAGAAGCUGGAGGGCCAACUGAGAGCCACACAGGAGGAGAUGAGGCUGCACAUCCUGAAUGUCCAGGAGCAGGUUGACAGCAGACUGGGCAAAGUGGACCGCAGGAACAAACACCAGAUUAAAGUGUUGGACAUGCUGAAUCAGGAAAGAGCAGUAGCUGAGAGGAAGAACAUGAUUUACAGGAUCAAGCAGGAGGUUGCCCGGAGCAGAGAGGAAGCCCUGAUGACACAGGCAGUAGUGAGUCAUGAAAUGAAGAAGUGGUGCAUGUCCCAGCUGAAGGACAUGGAUGUCCACAUCCCAGCCAAAGCCCAGUACUACAAAUUGCUCUCCUCACCCUCUGUGGAGCAGUCUGUGGCAGACGCUGACCUGGAGUCACUCCCCCUGCUGUCUGUGAUAUCGGGAGACAGCAGCACCUCACUGGCUACCUACGUCAACAUCGUACCAUCCAGAUCUACCCACAGUCUGGGAGGAACAGAGCAGGAACAGAUGAGGAGCAGGACAUACUUUGAAAUGAAGGUGGACAGGUCACCAGAUGACUAUGAGAACACAGCCCUGUUCCCUUUGCCUGCCAGCCAAACCUCAGGGCUCCUGCUGGGCUCUACUGACCCCUGCUGGCAGCCCCUGGGAGUGCAGGACAAUUCCACAGCAGCAGUGGUGCCACUGUGUGGGGAGAACUUCUCAAGAAGCAGCAGCCAGUCCAGCAUCAGUGACCAGGGACCCUCAAGGAUCCAACAUCAGGGACCAGGCUGUGAUAGACAAAACAGGAAACACUUUGGAGAGCUGAUCAGAGCAGGGAUACAUGCUGACUGCACCAGAACACUGGAGUUCUUCAUCGACCGUCCUGCUGAGCCCACAUUCAGCCAGGAGAGGAACAAUCUGCAUGCUAUGGAGGUGACUCAGCGUUUCUUUGAGACGGUGUCGGUUCAGUUGGAGCGCUGGUAUGACAGGAAGGUCCUGGAGGUGGAGCAGCAGACAGAGCUCAGAGCGCAGCAGGACAGGAAGGAGCUGCUGCAGCGAAUCAGCACACUGGAGGAGGAGCUUCAGAGGCUGAAGACCAAUGAAAAUGUAGAAAGCUGACAUGCCCUGACAGUGAUCAAUCCUGGACUUAGCCUGGAUAAACCUUUUCUCUUAGACUGUGCAUUUAAAAACUUAAAUUGCUUAAAUUGCUUUAGGCAGCAAAAUGAAAAAAGUACAUGGAAUAAUCCAUACCCUAUAUACAAUUAAUACAUCUUUAAUAAACUUGAGUAUUGCUCAUGUUAAGCCCCUUUCAGACAUACUCUUCUUUAUGUAAAUGUGAUGUCAAUCUAACAUGUUGGUCUCAUGUCUGAAUAAUCACUGUGUGAAUGUCAGAAUGUCAGUUUGGGUAAGAUGCAGAAAUGGCUCCGCACAGCCCCUGGACUAUAUGCAGACUACAUAUUGUAAAACGUUCGUGUAGGACUGAAGGAAAAUCAACACUCACAGUCACGUGGUAGAAAGUCAUGUCAUUUUCAUGAUGCUGGGAUAAUCAUGACAUAAUGAGUUGCAAGUGUGCAACGUGCUAAAAAGUGUGAAACCAUGCACCUUGUCAACAAAUGUAGACACUGAAACUGUUUUUUUUGAUGACAUCUAGUUUGUGAAUGUGGAACAUUCUUGAAAAAGAACAUUCCUGCUUAACAAAUCUACUGUUGUUAUAAAAAAUCACUCCAAAAAAGACAAAAACAAAGAUUCUGAUUAAUAGAACAAACAAAAUCAUUGUUAAUCACCAAUUACUCAUGUUUUACACUAAUAUAUUAUACAGUGACCUCCUGUUUGACUUGUAACACAUCUUGAACAACAAAAUCAAAUGAAACAAAAUGAAAUGAACAUUUUGGCAUACAACUGAAAUAAAUGA